AGAGCAUCUGAUGCAGAAGAAGGGGAGGGAUUGCCGAGUAUGGCUGACUUUCCGCGGCUGCCGGGCCGGUGCUUGUGCAUCGUCACCGGGGCGUCCCGGGGUCUGGGCCGGGCGCUGGCUCUGGCGCUGUCCCGCAGCCUGCAGCCCGACUCCCGCCUGGUGUUGGUGGCCAGGUCCGGGGACGCGCUGCGGGAGCUGGAGAGCGAGGCGGCGGGGGCCGGGCUGCGGCUGAGCCGUGUGGAGGCGGACCUGAGCGAGGAGCCGGGGCUCCAGAGAGUCCUGAGAGCGGCGAGCGAGGCCCGGGAGGCGGAUGGAGCUCCGGACCGGCUGCUGCUGGUCAACAACGCGGGCUCUCUGGGCGACAUCUCGAAGUUUGUUGUGGAUUUUACCAAGCCUGCUGAGGUCUCCAGUUACAUGGACCUCAACUUCACCUCUGCCACAUGCCUCACCGCCUUACUGCUCAAGGCCUUCCCCAGACGGGAGAACUUCCACCGCACAGUGAUUAACAUCAGCUCACUCUGCGCCAUCCAGCCCUUCAAAUCGUGGUCGCUGUACUGCGCAGGGAAGGCAGCUCGGGAGAUGGUGUUCAGUGUCCUUGCAGCCGAGGAGCCCGACGUGAGGGUGCUUAAUUAUGCCCCAGGGCCCCUGGACACUGGUAUGCAGGAGCAAGCUCGGAGAGAGACCAGGGACCCGGAGUUACGCCAGACCUUCGAGACCCUGCACCGGCAGGGGCAGUUGGUCGAUUGUCAGAAAUCUGCCCGGAAGCUGCUGGACAUCCUGGCGAGGAAUGAGUUUAAGUCCGGAGCUCACAUCGACUACUUCGAUGAGUGACCGCAGCAGGUGACCUUCACUGGCAAUGUCCAUCAGCAUCCAGUGUAAUAUCACUGGCAGAUGUCGUGAAACGUGUUAUUCUGUGACGGCAGUACUUUUUAAAAAAAACUAUAAAUUACAAUAAGAAAUGUAUAAAAACAUAGUGAGGUAGUAUACUUGGGUUUAUUGUCCAUUCAGAAAUCUGAUGGUAGUGGGGAAGUUGCUGUUCCCAAAAUAUUGGGUGUGUGUCUUCAGGCUCCUGUGCCUCCCCCUUGUUGGUAGCGAUGAGAAGAGUGUACAUCCUGGGCGGUAGGGUCCUUACAGAUGGGUGCUGCUUUUGUGAGACAUUGCCUUUUGAAGUUGUCUUCAGUGCUGGGGAGGCCGGUGCCCGUUGUGGAAUUGGCUGAGUUUACAACUCUCUACAGUUCUUUCUGAUCCUGUAUUGUGGACCCUGUGUAUCAGUCGGUCAUGCAAUCAGUUAGAAUGCUCUCCAUGGUAAUCUGUGGGAGGACAGUGGGGUCUUCUAAGAUCCACACCGUCUGGCUAUGGCAUCUUCUAACCGCUCCCAUGGUGUAGGAGGUACAGAAACCUGAAGUGUCACAUCACUAGGUUCAGCCAAUCGGUUUUGGAACCAACUGGCAAAACUAUGAUCAUGCAGUUUAACAACACUAUGAUUACCUCACUGAGAUAGCCUUAUUUUUGUUCUAAUUGAGCAACACACACAAAAUGCUGGAGGAGCUCAGCAGGCCAGGCAGCAUCUAUGGGGAAAAAGCACAGUCGACAUUUUGGGCCAAAACCCUUCGGCAGGACUGGAGAGAGAAAAAAAAGAUGAGGAGUAGAUUUGAAAGGUGGAGGCAGGGGAGAGAGAAAUGCCAGGCGGUAGGUGAAAACUGGAGGGGUGGGAUGAAGCAAAGGGCUGGGAAGUUGAUUGGUGAAAGACAGAAAGCCAUGGAAGAAAGAAGAAAUGGUGGGGGGGGUAGGGUGGAGGAGUACUAGAGGGAGGUGAUGGGCAGGCAAGGAGAUAACAUGAGAGAGAGGGACCAGGGGAUGGGAAAUGGUCAACGGUGGGGAGGGGGGCUGUUGGAGGCAUUACUGUAAGUUUGAGAAAUCAUGUUCAUGCCAUCAGGUUGGAGACUACCAAAGGGAAUGUUAGGUGUUGUUCCCCCAACCCAAGUGUGGCCUUAUCCCAACAGUGGAGGAGACCAUGAAUGGGCAUAUUGGAAGUGGAAUUAAAAUGGGUGGCCACUGGGAGAUCCCGCUUGUUCUGGCAGACAGAGCGUAGAUGCUUGGCGAAGCAUUUUUAUAAGCAGCAGGGUGGGACGAGGUAUAUUUUUCCUACGUCUCACUGACGAUUGCAUUGGUGCUGCUUCCUGCACCAGGGUGAACUUGUUGAUUUCAUCCACUUUGCCAACUUCCACCUGGCCCUCAGAUUCACCCGGUCCAUUUCUGAAACUUCCCUUCCCUCCCCUUUCUUGAUCUCAUUGUCUCUAUUUCUGGAGACAGCUUAUCCACUGAUGCCUUAUUAUAAACCAACGGACUCCCACAGCUACCUAGGCUAUACCUUGUCCCGCCCUGCCACUUGUAAAAACACCAUCCCUUUCUCUCUAUUCUGUCACCACCACAACUGCUCUCAAGAUGAGGUUUUUCAUUCUAGAUCUAAGGAGAUGUCCUCCUUUCUCAAAGAAAGGGCUUUCCCUUCCUCCAUCAUCAACGCUGCCCUCAACCACAUCUCUUCCAUUUCACACAUGUCUGCUCUAAUCCCAUCCUCCCAACAUCUCACCAGGGAUAGGGUUCCUCUUGUCCUCACCUACCACCCCACCAGCCUCCACGUCCAGCACAUAAUUCUCUGAAAUUUCCUCCACCUCCAACUGGAUCCCACCACCAAACACAUCUUUCCCUCUUGCCCCCCCUCCCCCACUUUCUGCUUUCUGCAGGAAUCACUCCCUACCCCACUCCUUGUCCAUUCAUCCCACCCCACUGAUCUCCCUCCUGGCACUUAUCCUUGCAAGUGGAAAAAAUACUUCACCUGCCUCUACACCUCCUCCCUCACUACCAUUUAGGGCCCUAAACAGUCCUUUCAGGUGAAGUGACACUUCAACUCUGAGUCUGUUGGGGUCAUUUACUGUGUUUGGUACUCCCGGUGUGCCCUCCUGUAUAUCGGUGAGACCCAAUGUAUUUGGGAGACUGCUUCUACCUUCAUUUCCCACCCCCUUCCCUCUCUCAUGUUUUCUCCUUGCCCGCCCAUCCCCUCCCUCUGGUGUUCCUCUCCCUCCCAACUUUUUUUUUCCAUGGCCUUCUGUCUCUUUCACCAAUCAACUUUCCAGCUCUUUACUUCAUCCCCCCCUCCUCCAAAUUUCACCUACCACCUCUCUCUCCCCUCCCUCCACCUUUCAAAUCCACUACUCCUAUUUUUUCUUCAGUCCUGCCAAAGGGUUUUGGCCCAAAAAGUUGACUGUACUCUUUCCCAUAGAUGCUGCCUGGCCUGUUCCUCCAGCAUUUUGUGUGUGUUGUUCGGAUUUCCAGCAUCUGCAGAUUUUCUCUUGUUUGUGAUUUGUUCUAAUUAUGUUCUUUCUUGUAAAAAAAAUUAUAUAUAAUUUAUGAUUAGUCAGUUUUUCCUCUGAAGGAUGCCAUAUAUGAUGCCAUAUAUGGUUGCACAGUUUCAUAGCAGUUACUGUAAUGUUUUACAAUGUCAGCUGAAAGAUUGAGGUUCAAUACCCACUGCAGUCUCUGUGCACUUCCUGUGACCACAUGGAUUUCCUUCCACAUUCCAAAAAUGCACUGAUUAGUUGGUAAGUUGUGGGCAUGCUAUGUUGGUGCAGAAGGCGGCUGCCCCCAGCACGUCCUCAGACUGUGUUGGCCAUUGACACAGACGACACAAUUCACUGUAUAUUUUGAUAUUUAAAUGAAGACGUGACAAAUAAAGCUAAUUUAUCCAAUCUG